AUGGAGUCAAGCCAGCAACGGCGACUAAAAGAGGCUGUUGCUUUAUCUAGCGUUGACCUAUCUUCUGCUCUCUCAAUCUCCUAUAACUAUAGCUUGGUACAUUCGCUGAUGCCCAUUGGCGCCGGUAAACCAGAACACCCUGCAAACAUGAAUGGAGACCAUGAAGCCGGAAACGCCUCCAGUUCCAGUGUGGAGAAGAGGGAAGCGGAGGUUCAUCAGCUGGCCAGACAGUUCACAGAGCAGAGCAACUAUUCCACGGCGGGACAAAACCCCUUUGCUGCGGAGGCAGGAUCGGCCCUGGACCCCAAUGGUGAGCACUUCAAUGCUCGGGCGUGGUGCAAGGCCAUGCUGCAGAUGCACGCCGGGGACAAGCAGGCACAUCCGCUGCGAACCUUGGGGGUCGCCUUCAGCAAUCUCAAUGUGCAUGGUUUCGGUUCCGACACUGAUUACCAGAAAAGUGUCGGCAAUGUCUGGUUAGAGGCGUUCAGCCUGGCAAGCAAAGCCCUCGGUCCAAAGCAGCGCCAAAUUCAGAUUUUGCAGAACAUGGAAGGAUUGGUGGAGGCGGGAGAGAUGCUGGUGGUUCUUGGACCCCCUGGAUCCGGAUGCUCGACUUUCUUGAAGACCAUUGCUGGAGAGACUUACGGCUUUCAUGUUGAUAAAAUCUCAAACCUCAAUUUCCAAGGCAUGUCCGAUUGA